GCACUGGGAUGUAAAUGACACAACUGGCCCUAGACGAUGGACAGCAGCACUUUAGAAGAAGCACAGACGAAUGUUUCCAUUGAGUGCAAAACAGCCAUACAAUGCUGCCUUGGAAGAAGAACAAGUUCGAGCUGAUCGAGGAAGACAAGCAGUCCAGUAAGCAGAAGGGCUAUGCGGUGAGCCUCAACUACUCCGCGCUCGCGUCCUUCGCCAAAUCCUGCCCGGAGAGCGCGCUCAGCAGGGUGGGCAGCAUGUUCAAGUCCAAGAGGAAAAAGGUGAAGAUCACCGGGGACGACCCCACCUACACGGUGCUGUACCUGGGCAACGCCACCACCAUCCAGUCCAAGGGGGACGGCUGCACGGACGUGGCGGUGAGCAAGAUCUGGGGCAAGAGCGACAUGGGCAGGAACGGCACCAAGAUGCGCCUGACGGUGAGCGCGCAGGGCAUCCGCAUGGUGCACCUGGACGACCGCGCCAGGAGACCCGGACACCUGUACCUGCUCCACCGGGUCACCUACUGCGUGGCGGACCCGAGACUACCCAAGAUAUUCGCGUGGAUUUACCGGCACGAGAUGAAGCACAAGGCGGUGAUGCUGCGCUGCCACGCCGUGCUGGUGUCGCGGCCGGAGAAGGCGCAGGCCAUGGCGCUGCUGCUGUACCAGACCUCCGCCGCGGCCCUGCAGGAGUUCCGGAGGCUCAAGCGCCGGGACGACGCCCGGCACCAGCAGCAGCAGCUGGUGGGCGAGCAGACCAUCCCGCUGGUGCCGCUCAGGAAGCUGCUGCUGAACGGACAGUGUUACUACAAGCCCCCGGUGGAGCGCAGUCGCAGCGCGCCCAAGCUGGGCUCCAUCACGGAGGACGCGCUGGGCGAGCAGGAGGAGGAGAGAGCCAUGCACUUUGAAUGCGAGGACGUCCUGGACACGGAGACGGAGAGGGACGUGAAGCAGGAGUUGAGUCAGAUUAUUAAUGACCUGGGAGAGAUGAGUAUAGGGAACGACGUGCAGACUUUGAAAGCUGACCUGAGAGUCACCAGACUGCUGUCCGGGGAGAGCACCGGGAGCGAGUCCUCCAUAGAAGGAAACCAGGACACUCCUGCGCUCAGUGAAGCCUGAAUUAGGGUUUAGCUGGGGUUUUUUUUAUGUUUUGUUUUGCUCCAGCCACAGCGUCUCCACGAGAAACACACUGCAAAAACUCAAAAUCUUAACAGGAAUAUUUGUCUUAUUUCUAGUUAAAAUGUCUCAUUUUUAGUCAAAAAAAUCUCAUUACACUUAAAACAAGAGUCAUUACCAGAAAAAU